AUGAAGGAAGAGAAAGCAGAGAAGAACUGGCUGAAACCUUACAAUUCUGUAGCCACUACAAGUGUCAUUAACAUUCUAGAAAAUCUGACAUUUGUCAGAGGACCAGUCCCUUCUGAAAUGAGAGGAAUUUUGCAUCCCCUCUGCAUUUUGGAACACAAAAAGAUGCUUCUGGCAGCAUUUUUGCUCAUUUUUGCUCUGAGGUUGGCAGUGGGGUUGGACCUAGGGCUAUCCACAAAGUGUGUAGCUAUUCCUCAGGAAAUGAGCAUCUGCCAUGAUGUCGGAUACUCAGAAAUGAGGCUCCCCAAUCUCAUGGGACACACCAGUUUGGCAGAAGUUGUUGCAAAAUCUGCUGGAUGGCAGCGUCUCAUGCAGACCGGCUGUGAUCCUCAUGCAAGGACUUUCCUCUGCUCUCUCUUUGCACCCAUCUGUUUAGACACUUUCAUCCAGCCUUGCCGAAGCAUGUGUGUUGCAGUUCGAGACAGCUGUUCUGUGGUCCUGGGAUGCCAUGGAAGUCACUGGCCCAGCAGUCUGGACUGUGAUCGAUUUCCUGCAGAUGAAGAUGUAUGUCUAGGAUCCCUCAGCGAAGAACAGAAACACAUUGUCAAAGCCUUUCCAAAGCCUACCUGUCAGAUUUGUCCAGCAGUUGAGGAAUCCCUUUCAUAUAAGAAUGUGGUGGACCUUCUUUGCAUCAAUGACUUUGCAAUGAAGGUGAAACUUUCUAGGAAACGAAUUGUCUUCAGCAUUCAACAAUAUAACGUCAACUGCCAGGCAGUAUUCAUUACUCCAAACUUGGUCUUGCCUUAUGAUGCUUGCAGUGUGAUGGAACAGUGGCUGCUGGUCAAUGAAGAUUGUACUCAGAAGAUGACCCAUUCUCACCAUCCCAUGGUGUACCUCAUUGUGGGGUCAACUGUGGAAAGUAAUGUGUUAGUGCACCGAGUGUACCGCUGGCCAGAAUGGAAUUCCCAGCUAACCCUGUUAACAUGGAAGUUGAGGCAACAUAAAUGUAUAUAGCUUAUAAUUUUAGGUUUUGUGAUUUGUACACUUUAGAGUUCUACAAGCUUAGCAUGAAGCUAUGAAGCUAUGAACAUAUUGAGGACCCCCACUCAUUUAAAUUAAAGGAGCCAAUCUGAAGAUCAUUUUCUGUUGAUUUGAGUGAGGAAGACACUGAGAGAGAGCAAUUACUUGAAUCCAGUGGAGAAUUUCUGUGAAUGGAAAGGUCGCUCAUUAUCAUUGAGCUGACCCUCCUGUUGCAGAACUCCGACUCUCCAUCUCACUCCGUUCCUGGGAUUCACUUUUCUACCAGGAGAAGCAUUUCAGGGGAUAUUAUGAAUUACAGAGGGAAUGGGGAGGAGGGAAGUCGCUGUCUCCUGACAGAAAACCCUAUGGAAAUUACCAGUGCAUCAAAGCCUACAUCCAUAUUGGAUCUCGUUGCCUAGAACAGAGCAACAGAUCAGGACAAAGACAAUUUUGCAAGUGCAUUAAAAGUUGAAUGUAAAACUUUUACCACAACUUAUGUUUGUGAAGUAAGAUAGAAGAGCAAAAGUUUUCUGCCUUGGUAGCAUUCUUAGUGUGAACAUUUUUCUGUGUGUAUGCUUCAGUAAGAUUUCAUUUUAACAAAAUGUAUAGAUAUUCUUUCAUCAGGAUCUUUUUGGGAAAAGUACUAUAUAUUUAUAAAGUAUUGUUAGAAAUACUUAUGAAAUUCAUAAUGCUUUGUGUUACCUUCAUAGUGUUGAGAUAUCUACUAUUUUAUUUAUCUGUCUAUGAAGUUUACAAUAUAUUCAAGUACGAAAAUGGAACAGCCCUCUCCUCACAUAUACCCCUGUUGACAAAUUACGCACAAUGAGCAUACAAACAACAUACAACACUAUAACCAUUACACUCAGCUAACUGUAAAUUGUUUACAUAUUGCCACAUACCACUAAGGUUCUUGUGGUGGUAUACAAAAAGGAAAGUAGUCAAUAAAAUGAAAGAUGAUUCAUGUA